AUGUUGGGGACAUUAAUUUUUGUGCUUUUACUUUGUUCAAAAUUAGGUGUAACUGAUGACGACGUGAAAGAUUUUGAUCUCUAUAGACUUCUCAGACUGUUCAAAUCUCUACUUGAAAUUCGGCCUGAGGAUGUUAAAACCACCGAUGUCACCUUCUACUUAUACACAAGAAACAUUUCAAAUUUAAAACUUGCCCUCGAUGGUAAAACUUCUAUCGAUGUAACCAAAAAUACAAAAUUCAUCAUUCAUGGUUGGAUUGACAACCAUAACCGAUCGUGGUAUCACCAUUUAACUGAUGAGUAUUUGAAAAAGGGAGACUUUAAUGUAAUCCACGUUGAUUGGGGUCGCGUUUCGACGUCAUUUUACGUAUCAUCGGCACAAAAUACGAGACUAGUUGCUUAUUUUAUUGCAAGCUUCAUUUUGAAUCACAAAUUGCCUCUAGAGAAGACGCACCUAAUAGGCCAUUCUCUAGGUGCACACAUUGCAGGAUUCACGUCUCAAGAUAUCAGGCAAAGAGUUGGGAAAAGAGUGGGACGAAUCACAGGACUUGAUCCUGCAGGACCAGGAUUCAGGAAUGUUUUCCUCACAGAUGAGGAGCGACUGAGUGACGAAGACGCUGAAAUUGUGGAUGUGUUUCAUACAGAUGGGGGCGUUUUAGGGUAUUAUAAACCAAUAGGGACCUUUGAUAUUUAUAUUAAUGGGGGAACAAGAAUACAGCCUGAUUGUAGAAUUAGUUUCACUGAAAUAUCUUCACCAGGAGAGCUAUUUGAAGACAGCUAUUGUAGUCACACUCGAAGCUAUAUCCGUUUUACGGAAAUUAUAAAUGAGAAAAAAUAUAUCUGCAAUAAAUGUGACUCCUGGCUCGACCACAUGAUGGGUUCUUGUGAAAAAAACGACUUUUACGUAUUUGGUGCUGAAGAUAUUAACAAAACAAUGACUGGGGUUUGUUUUGUUGAUACAACAAAGAAGACUAAAUAAAACACAAAUUAGUUACGAAUCUUUUGGUUUUUUCUGCAAUAAAUAAGGAGCUGUUUUA